AAAGGGCGUAAGGGGGCGUCAGUGGCUGGUGCACUUUGUUAUUGCAGCAGUGGAGAAGGCGCGAAAAUGUUGAGGCGUUUGUGACUGGCGCACACCCUGGGGAUAUCUGGUCACAGUACACGCUGUUAUGAAGGAGUUUAUAGCUGUUACACAUUGCUAUGGGGGCAUUUGAUGCCAUUUAUGACAGAUACAAGUAACGGUGGAGCAAUUCUGUCAUUAGGAUGCCUCUUGCUGCUCCCAUCAUAAGUGGUAUUCAGAAGUUGAUUCUAUAUGAGACAAGAGCGAGAUAUUUCCUUGUGGGGAGUAACCAUGCAGAAACCAAAUACCGUGUUUUGAAAAUUGAUCGAACCGAACCCAGGGACCUGGUUAUUAUUGAUGAUAAGCAUGUUUACACCCAGCAAGAAGUACGGGAACUUCUCGGCCGCCUUGAUUUGGGAAACCGUACAAAAAUGGGACAGAAAGGAUCAUCAGGAUUAUCUCGUGCUGUGUCAGCUUUUGGUAUUGUGGGAUUUGUCCAGUUUUUGGAAGGCUAUUACAUUGUGCUGAUUACUAAGAGGAGAAAAAUGGCUGACAUUGGAGGUCAUGCAAUAUACAAAAUAGAGGAUACAAGUAUGAUGUAUAUUCCAAAUGAUUCAGUCCGAGUCACCCACCCCGAUGAAGCCAGAUAUUUAAGAAUAUUCCAGAAUGUAGAUCUGUCUAGCAAUUUCUACUUCAGUUAUAGUUAUGAUUUGAGCCAUUCUCUUCAGUACAAUCUUACAAUUCUUCGGAUGCCCGCUGAGAUGAUAAAGUCUGAGAUGGCAACUCAGACACGCCAGGAAGGUUUUGAUAUAUUUGAAGACGAAGCAUUAAGCAACCAUGGAGGAAGUUGUACAUUUGGAAUAUGCAGUGAACCCUACAUGAAGUAUGUAUGGAAUGGUGAACUCUUGAAGUGUGUCAAAGACAUUGUUCAUCAUGAUUGGUUACUUUAUAUCAUUCAUGGAUUUUGUGGACAAUCCAAAUUAUUAAUUUAUGGUCGGCCAAUCUAUGUAACUCUUAUGGCCAGAAGAUCUAGCAAAUUUGCUGGAACUCGUUUCCUAAAGAGGGGAGCAAAUUGUGAGGGAGAUGUUGCCAAUGAAGUGGAGACCGAGCAAGUAGUGCAUGAUGCUUCAGUGAUGUCUUUUAGUGCUGGCAGCUAUUCCUCGUAUGUCCAGGUCCGUGGUUCAGUCCCCUUAUACUGGUCUCAGGAUAUCUCCACAAUGAUGCCAAAACCACCCAUUACAUUGGACCAAGCAGAUCCGUAUGCACAUGUUGCUGCUUAUCACUUUGACCAAAUGCUCCAGAGAUUUGGAUCACCCAUCAUAAUUUUGAACCUUGUAAAGGAACGGGAAAAAAGAAGGCAUGAAAGGAUCCUUAGUGAUGAAUUGGUUGCUGCAGUUACCUAUUUAAACCAGUUUAUACCACCUGAACGUAGCAUUGUAUACAUUCCCUGGGAUAUGGCAAAAUAUACUAAAAGCAAACUUUGCAAUGUCCUGGAUCGACUCAAUGUUAUUGCUGAAAAUGUUGUGAAGAGAACAGGAUUCUUUGUUAAUCGACCAGACGCAUACUGCAGUGUCUUGAGGCCUGAUGAAAAGUGGCAUGAUCUUGGAGGUGUGGUUGGACCAUCAGGGCGUUUGCAGACAGGUGUCCUUAGAACAAACUGUGUUGACUGCUUAGACCGGACCAAUACUGCACAAUUCAUGGUGGGAAAGUGUGCAUUGGCAUACCAACUGUACUCCUUAGGACUGAUUGAUAAACCUAAUUUGCAGUUUGACACAGAUGCAGUUAGGUUAUUUGAAGAACUCUAUGAAGAUCAUGGCGACACUCUAUCUUUACAAUAUGGUGGUUCUCAGCUUGUUCAUAGAGUUAAGACCUACAGAAAAAUUGCCCCAUGGACUCAGCAUUCUAAAGAUAUUAUGCAGACUCUUUCUAGAUACUACAGUAAUGCAUUUUCAGACGCAGACAGACAAGAUGCAAUCAAUCUUUUUUUGGGUGUUUUUAAACCUACAGAAGGCAAACCUCAUCUCUGGGAGCUGCCCACUGAUUUUUAUUUGCAUCAUAAAAAUACAAUGAAACUCAUCCAUUCAAAACGAAGUUACACUUUCUGGUGGACACCAGGGGUUUUAGAGCAUUUACCUUUACCACUUGAUGAAGUGUCCAAUGCUGAGAACCUAAAGAAGAUGACAAUAAAAAAAUAUAACCGGGAUGAUGAGGAAACCAAUAUAUACACAGAGUUCUUUCGGCCAUAUGAACUGAGCAGUUUUGAUGAUACUUUUUGUUCGUCUAUGACGAAUUCUGCAAGAGACUUCAUGCCAAAAAAUGUUGGCAUUGAUCCAAGCCCAUUUACAGUAAGGAAACCAGAUGAAACGGGAAAAUCUGUUUUGGGCAGCAACACAAACCGAGAAGAAACUGUAUUACAGCGCAAAACUGCAGCAAGUGCUCCUCCUCCCCCAAGUGAGGAAGCUGUGUCUAGUAGUUCUGAUGAUGACUCUGGAACUGAUAAGGAGGAUGAUGGGGCAGUAUCUCAACGCUCUACACCUGUGAAAAUUACAGAUGUCAGUGACAACCCCAAAACAGCAGAGAUAACAUCUCAAUCAACAAAAGACACCUAUGGAAUAAAUCUCUCAGAUGCUCCUUCUGAAACAGAUGUUCAUAUCUAUUCUAGGUUUGUACAUUUGGGAUUAUGCCAACAUAAACAGGAGAAAAGAAACGUAAAAGUGAAUCAAUGGCCUAUGGACUCAAUCGUAAAACUGAACUGCAUCUCUUCAUUCUCUCAGGAUAACAUAUAUGAAGUGACUCCACCCAAGAUUGACAGAAAGUCACUGGAUAUAUUUCAUGCUCAUAUCCAGGCAGGCAAAGGUAUCAUGCAGAUGCUUGGUAAAGAGGACAUGUUAACUUAUAGGGAAUAUAUAAAGAAUCGCUAUAUGUAAAUAUUCUUUAUGUACCGAAAACUUUUCGUGCUGGGUAUCAACAUUAAAUAUUUCUAGUUUGUAAAAUAAUAAAAUGUUCACUCUCGUGGAUAUAAAGAGAAAAUAUCACUUGCUUCUUUUGUCUCAUAUCCUCUUUAUGUACACAGCAUAUACUUUCAUAGUUAGUACCUAUUGAAGUGAAUGUAUAAGCCUUUUCAACAUCGACUGUAAAAGUCCUUUUUCAUGUGUAUGCUUUGAUGCUAUUAUCUUGUGCUCAUGUUUUCCUGACUGCUUAUGGUUGCUCCUAUAUUUAGCUAGCAUUUUGCCAUUGUGCAUUCUGUCUUCAUACAUAAUUUUUUGUUUGACCUUGACCAGAAUUUACUUCACAUUAAUUGAGCUAUUAGUUUACCAUUAAUACAUGAUGUGUAUGAAACAGCCAUACCUAAUGUUAUUACAUUAGAUGGUUGCCUAAAUAAAAAGACCAUGAAUGCUUUCUGUGUCAUGGUUAUCA